AGAAAGCAGUGUAAGCCAUCCUUCCAACAGAAGUUCUUUGCUAUUCAUUCCCACCCCUGAGAAGAUGCUCCCAGGGAGGAUCUUCUGCCUGGUCCUGUGUGUAGUGGGCACUGCUUGGGCAACCAAAGAUGAAGGAAGCUUCCUAGCUGAAGGAGGAGGCGUUCGGGGCCCCAGAAUUGUGGAACAUGCCGCAUCCGCCUGCAAAGAAUCUGACUGGCCCUUCUGUUCCGAUGAAGAUUGGACAUAUAAGUGCCCUUCUGGCUGCAGGAUGAAGGGUCUGAUCGACGAGACCAAUGAAGAUUUCGAUAAUAGAAUCACCAAGAUCAAAAAUUUGUUGACUGAUUAUCAGAGAAACAAUAAAGAUUCUAACUCAGUGACCAGGAACAUCAUGGAGAUAAUAAGAGGGGACACAGCCAGCGACUACAAUAGGGAUGAUGCAUUAAGCCAAGUGUCAGAAAAUCUGAGGAAAAGAAUUGAAACCUUGAAGCGCAAAGUGACUGAACAAGUGCAAAAUAUCGUUUCUCUGCAGAACAAUAUCCGCAAUCAGCUAGUGGAUAUGAAGCGACUCGAGGUGGACAUUGAUAUCAAGAUCCGAUCCUGCAAAGGGUCGUGCAGUAGGUCUUUAGCACGUGAACUCAACAUAAAGACCUAUGAAGAGGAACAGAAACAACUUGAGCAGGUGGCAGCCAUCAACUUAUACCCUACCAGAGAGGUCCAGUACUUGCCCAACUUGAAAACACAGAUUGCAAAAGAUCUGAUUCCCGAGAGAUUCAAAAGCCAGCUUCAGGAAGCUUCACCGGAGUGGAAAGCAUUAAUGGAAAUGAAACAGAUGGAAAUGGUGUUGGAGAUACCAGGUAGAGAUAGGAAUUCCCCAGCAGGUUCCUCACCUUCUGGAACAGGCUCAGAGCCUGGAAGCACCAGACCUGGAAACUAUAGACCGGAAAGUCCUGGGAGUGGAAUUUCUGGAACCCAGAAUACUGGAAGCACUGGAUCAUGGCACAGAGAGACGUCUGGAUCUGAGAACUUCAGGCCUGACAGCUCAGGGCAUGGGAGCUACAGACCUGGGAACUUUGGACCUGACAGCUCAGGGCAUGGGAGCUAUGGACCUGGGAGCGUCAGGCCUGACAGCUCAGGGCAUGGGAGCUAUGGACCUGGGAGCGUCAGGCCUGACAGCUCAGGGCGUGGGAGCUAUGGAUCUGGGGGCUUCGGGACUGACAGCUCAGGGCAUGGGAGCUCUAGGCCUGCAAACCCAGAUUGGGGUGAUCAUGAUUGGAGUAGAUAUGAAGAGUCAUCAUCAGUGGGUGAGAGCUCAACUAGAGGUGGAGGUUUCCAGACCGGCAAACUUAUUUCUGGAGGAGAUAAAGAGUUUGUAGUGAGUAAAGAGAAGGCUACAUCUGGUAGCACCACCACCACACGCCGUGCAUGUUCCAAAACUGUCACCAAGACCAUUGCGCAUUCUGAUGGCAGAAAGGAAGUGACCAAAGAAGUGGUCAACUCAGAGGAUGGUGCUGAUUGCGGUGAUAUACCAGAUUUUAAUUUUGAACAUCCUGACAGCAGCUCAUUUUCUUUCCCUAGCCGAGGUAGCCUAGAUGAAUUCCUUCGUUUACAUCCUGAAGAUGCUGAAUUCUUCAGCACUGGAUCAACUGGGAGCAGCCACCACAGUACGAGCAGCCGAGGGGAUUCAAGCUAUUCAGAGACAUCUGUCAGUAAGGUCUCAGGAUCACAUCUAGAUGAUGGAGACACUGAGGACUCAAGGUUAUUUGACUCUGGUAGUCACAGAACAGUAGUAUCCAGUAGCAAGACUUACAAAGGAAGCAAGAGCUUGAAAAUGGCGGACGAAGCUGAUGUGAAGACCCACAGAGAGGAAAGCACAUUCGCCCAAGCCCAUAGUAGCAAAAGAACCCGCAGUACCCGAGGUACCCACAAAUUCUUCUGAAACCCCAUUUUAAGCUAGCCCUCUCAAAUACUUCCAAUGCUAGCCAGUUAGAUACAUCUAGCAUUCAGAAUGCAGAGUGGUGAGUGCCCCUUCCCAUACCCUGCUCCCAUUUCACUGAUUAGUCUGUUGCAUAUGUCUCAGUUGACAUUUAGAACAUGUAGGAUAAUAGGUGAAGAAAGCUACGAAACUGUAAUAAUAAGUGAUUUUUAAAUAUCACUGCUGAUCCUAUACCACUUACCAUGAUACUCAAAUAAAGCUCUGGUUUUCUUCUGAGGAAAA